UUGUGUGUUUCGGGAAGCGAGUGUUACAACCUGGAGGAGGGUGUGGUCCAGUUUGGUAUACAAGCUAACAGACGGGUCAUAAGAAGGAGCGAACUUAACGCACCAUUACCAGCAUGGCAACCGAUAGUGGCGAUGUCGCCACCACAACGCUGGCACAGCAAUCUACGGUGGCGGAAAAGCGCCAGGAGGAGGAUAACAACAACAAGAUCGAGCUGCUGGUAGCGGAACCGCUAGCGAAGCUCACGAUAAAUGGCACCACCACAACCGCCACCGUCUCACCGGACGGUGGAGUGGAAAGUGAAACGACGGAAAACCAGCUGAACAAUAACAGUACGACCGGUGGCGAAGAUAGCGAUAGUACGACUGGUGUUAAUAACAAUGUCUCGGAACCGGCCACCCCAACCACACCGACCGGUGGUCCACUGUCGAUCGGCAAACGGAUUCGCCGCACGUCGGAAAAGCUAAACGAGGAUGCGGUUAGCGGGGCACGCAAAAAGUAUUCACUGGAUAUGUUGCUUUCGUUGAAGGAUUCGGCGAUUGGGCGCGAAAAGCCGACCACCAUACCGGAUGUGUGCAAAUCGCUGCUUAAAUCGAGCCCGGGCACAUUCGUUUCGUCCAGCCGCCAUAUGGGUGGUAGGGGAGGUGGUGUAAAUAUUAGUGGACAGGAUAAUAGUCUGCUGCCUGCGUUCAUGAGAGGCAUGGGAUUCGGUGGUCCACCAGCGGGUGCGGAAGGUGCGGACGGUGGUGGUCCGGCCGGGGGUGCCAGACCGCCGAUGAACCGUAAUCCUUACCGUGGGCGACUUUCGGCGAAGGAAAUGUCGACCCGAACGUCCGGUGGUCCGGGCGAACGUGACGAUACGGAUGGGCAGAUGAUAAAGGUCAAUCUGAACAUCACCGAGGAGGUAAAGCUGAAGGGUUCGGCCAACGCUUGGAAACCAUCGUUCAUGGUACCGAAGGCGGAGGUGGAUGAAGAGACGCAAAAAACGAUGCAACUGUCACGCGAAUUCCGCAGCGCACUCAACAAGCUGACGCCGGAAAACUUUGGCAAACUGAAGGAACAAAUCAAGGAGCUAAAGAUUGACACCGAGGAGCGGUUGAGCAACUGCAUCAAGAUACUGUUCGAGAAGGCCAUUAUGGAGCCAAACUUUUCCGACACGUACGCCCAACUAUGCAAGGAGCUCGGUACGGAGAUUAUGGUCAAAUCGAAAGAAUCAAACACUGUACUGUUUCUGAGGCGUCAGCUAAUUACGCAGUGUCAGGCAGAGUUCGAAAAGCAUCAUCUGGAGUGUAAGAAAACUACCGAACUGCAGGAGGAAAAUGACAAACGCACGGAACAGGGCGAACAGAGCGCCGAAGAGAUGGAAGAGAUGAAGAUAGAGCUCGAGGAACAAACGAACCGCAUCCGAAGGCGAGCCCUCGGUACGAUCCGCUUUAUCGGUGCGCUCUUCAAACAGGAACAGCUAAGGUCGAACACGAUGCUCAAGUGUGUCAUUCAGCUGCUGGACGAUAGUAUGCUGGACGAGGAAUCGCUCGAGUGUGUAUGCAAGCUGCUGACGACGAUUGGCGCAAACAUGGAAGAUUCGCCCGGCUUGCAGGGAUGUUUCGAUAAGUUGCAGAAAAUUUCGGAACGCAAAAUUUUACUACCGAACGGGGAACCGGUGUGCAAUCGUAUCCGUUUCAUGAUUAUGGACCUGCUAGAUCUGCGCAAGGAUAAGUGGCGAGGGAAGCGUGCGCAGGUCGCACCGAAAACGAGAGAACAGAUCCAGCGUGAGGUUGAGGCGGAGGAGAACAAGAACUGGAUGCUCAACUAUAAAUUGCCACGUGGUGGUGGUGGCGGUGGAGGCGGCGGUGGGGGUGGUGGUGGUGGAGGUAGUGGUGGCGGUGGUGGUGGUGCAUCGAAAAACAAGCGACUGGUGGACGAGGAUGGGUUCGUGCUGCCGGUCAACAAUCGCAACAACAACGCCUGGACCAUGCCAGCAAUUGACCCGAAAAAGAUAAACCUUUCGGUUUCCAAACCUUCCGGUGAAACCCGUCUCGGAUCAGCCUCCAUGUUCCAGGGCUGGGGCAAAACUAACAACGUGUUUGCCACGCUAAACACGGACGACUCGUCGUUGGGAUCCGCAGGAGGGGCAGCGGCACCACCACCGCCGAGCUUCUUCGGUGCGUCCGGCCCAAUGGGCGGUGGGGGUGCAGGUAACAGCCGCGGUACCGGAAAUGGCAACAAAUCCAACAAGAAAGGCGGCGGAGGAGGUGGUGGCGGUGGAAACAAUUCCAAAAAACAUUACCAGGGCCGUAGCAGUAGCAAUUUCUGAUA